AUGUCCCAGCUCUCCUCCACCCUGAAGCGCUACGUCGACUCGUCCCGCUACGCCGAGACCACCUACAGCAAGGUGCCCAGCGGCUACAGCUCCUACACCUCCUAUGGCUCCACCUUGGCCAUGUCCUAUGCAGACAGUGACAAAAUUGGCUUCAAAGCCAGCUACCUGCCCUCCCCCCAGUAUCACCACGGGGGCCUGUCCUCGGGCAGCGGCUAUGACGGCAGCCCGCUGCCCCUCUACCCCGACCCCAGCAUCCGCCUGAGCCCCGCGUAUGGCCGCACACAGCCGCGGCUGUCCGGCGGGGGGCUGAGCGGGGGUACGUGCUACUCCUUCGCGGCCACCCCCGGCAGCCCCACAGGUUUCCUGCCCACCACCGCGCUGCUCAGCCGUCGCAAAUCCAUCAGCCACUCGGACCUGGCGCGGGAGUUCUCGGGGCUGCACGCCUCGGACAGUGCCUACGCGCUCAACCCCAGCACCAUCAGCCCCCGAGGCCGCCAGGAGCUCGGCGCCCUUCAGGGUCUCUACCAGGCUGCUGCGCGCUCCGACUACGUCCGCGGCUACCUGGAGAGCUACGGGAGGAAAAGCCUCCCCGUGGGACCCUUCAGCCCCUCGCAGAGCACCCUGGGCUCUGCCCUGCCGCCCUCGGGCAGCCGCUGCCCCAGCCAGCCCAGCGAGAGGAGCAAUGACUGCUGCGACGUGCCCGCCCGGGACCCCAUGAGCUCCAAGGCGGUGCAGGGGCUGACUGGCCUGCGGAACCUCGGCAACACGUGCUUCAUGAACUCCAUCCUGCAGUGCCUGAGCAACACCAAGGAGCUACGGGAUUACUGCCUGCAGAACCAGUACCUGCGGGACCUCAACAACAACAGCCGCAUGCGCACCGCGCUCAUGUCAGAAUUUGCAAAGCUGAUUCAGCUGCUCUGGACCUCGUCCCCCAAUGACAGCGUGAGCCCCUCCGAGUUCAAGACGCAGAUCCAGAGAUACGCUCCCCGCUUCGUCGGCUACAACCAGCAGGAUGCACAGGAGUUCCUGCGGUUCCUCUUGGACGGGCUGCACAGCGAGGUGAACCGAGUGCUGGUGCGACCACGGACCAGCACCGACCCCCUGGACCACCUCCCUGAUGAGGAGAAGAGCCGCCAGAUGUGGAGGAGGUACCAGGAGAGGGAAGACAGCCGCAUUGGUGACCUCUUCGUGGGGCAGCUGAAGAGUUCCCUGACCUGCAGCGAGUGUGGCUAUUGCUCCACAGCCUUUGACCCCUUCUGGGACCUGUCUCUGCCCAUCCCCAAGAAAAGCUACGGGGAGGUGACUCUCAUGGACUGCUUACGGCUCUUCACCAAAGAGGACGUGCUGGAUGGGGACGAGAAACCGACGUGUUGCCGCUGCAAAGCCAGGACGAGGUGCACGAAGAAAUUCAGCAUCCAGAAGUUUCCCAAGAUCCUGGUGCUUCACCUGAAGCGCUUCUCAGAGGCCAGGGUACGAACGAGCAAGCUCACCACUUUCGUCAACUUCCAGCUGAAGGACCUGGACCUCCGGGAGUUUGCCUCACAGAGCUGCAACCACGCCGUUUACAACCUCUACGCUGUCUCCAACCACUCGGGCACCACCAUGGGAGGCCACUAUACUGCCUACUGCAAGAGCCCUGUCUCCAGCGAAUGGCACAGUUUCAACGAUGCCCGUGUCACCCCGAUGUCAUCCAGUCACAUCCGCAGCAGCGAUGCCUACCUGCUCUUCUACGAGCUGGCCAGCCCGUCCUCCCGCAUGUAGCCAGCCCUGCCUCCCUGGGGACCCCUUAUGCCAGCCCUCAGAGACAGCUGCUCCACUUUUUGACCGGUUGCCCCCCA